AUGGAGAGCUGGGGGAGAAGUUGCCACCCGGGGGCCGCUGACUCCAGAGGGCCUUUGCAGGCGAAGAACCGCAAUGAGCCCCAGCGCUGUCCUAAAGGUCCGGAUGCCUGCAAGUUUGCUCAGAAGUCCAGCAGUUCCCCUUCAGAGUCACCUUAUCUUACUGUUCUUAAUGAAUAUUUCAAUACCACGACACUAACUAUGUUAGAGAACAGGGUCAAAACAAGGACAGUGACAGCCCUGAAGGUGCUGAACAUUUAUAUCCAGGAAGCUAGGAUCCGGCGCAAGAAGCUGGUACAGGAGAGCAGGCUAUUACAGGAGGAACCAUUUCAGGAGGAAAGAGAAAGCAAAUGCCUUCUGACAUAUCUGAACAAAACAAAUGGCCAUUUUAGAAGGAAACAUGAGGAACUGUGGGAGGAUUAUGUCCAACAACUGGAGGCGAUAGGACAAAGGAGACAAGAAUUAGCAUCCAGGUUUGCCACACAAACUGCAGACCUUCAAGCACAGCUCUUCCAAAGGAAAAAAAUCCUGUAUGAUUUAAAGCAGCAGUUGCUGGCAAUGAGGGACAUCUCCCAAUUAAAGAAGACACAGGAAAUGACACUACUGGAAUUACAGAAAAAGAUAAAGAAAGUUGAAUCAGAGACAACUAUCAAGGACCAAGAAGCACAUUUCCAGUUCCUGAAGCAAAAAACAUUGCUGGAGAAACAACUAAGUGACCUGGACAAGUUGCAGAAGGGAGAGACCAAAACAAGGGAGCUUAAGAGGAAGGCCAAGGCUUGGGAGUUGAUAGUUCAGCAGGGUCAUCGUGAUGUCAGUCUUGGCUUCAGAAAAGAAAACCAGCAGCAGUUGGAGAGAUUAUAUCAGCUAUGUCAGGAAUUUAAGCAGUUAGAGGAUACCAGAAGACAGUUAAACAGGCAGAGGCAGCAUCGGAAGGAGGAAAGAUGGUAUCAAGAAGGUUUAACUAGAGGUUGGCAGCGACUGCAGGCACGGCAUAAGUAUUAUUUUAAUCACAGUGGAUGCCCCAAAGAACAGGUGCACCAAAAUCUGUCCUAA